CCCAUCAUGGAUGACACAUUGGAGGGGUUUAAUCUGGAGAACUCACGGGCUCUGCUGCUGGCCUGUGUGACUCUGCUGGUCUCCAUCCACCUGUGGCGCUGGCUCCGGUACCGGUCCGUCCCGGGCCCACCGGGUCCGAUCGCCUGGCCGGUCGUGGGGAACGCUGCUCAACUCGGGAACUCACCUCACCUGUACUUCACCCGCAUGGCCGAGAAAUACGGCAACGUCUUCCAGAUCAAACUGGGCUCCCGGACCGUGGUGGUGCUGAACGGGGACUCCAUCAAACAGGCUCUGAUCAAACAGGGGUCCGAGUUCUCCGGCAGACCGGACUUCACCUCCUUCCAGUACAUCGGCGGUGGGGAUAGCCUCGCUUUCGGCACCAACACGGACUGGUGGAAGAUGCACCGCCGAGUGGCCCAGUCCACAGUCCGUAUGUUCUCCACAGGGAACCCGCGGACCAAGAAGGCGUUCGAGAACCACGUCCUGUGUGAGACCAGAGAGCUGCUGCAGAGGUUCGUGAGGAAAACCCAGCAGCACCGGUACUUCCAGCCCAUGACGGACCUGGUGGUGUCCACGGCCAACAUCAUGAGCGCGGUGUGCUUCGGGAAGAGGUACUCCAACGAGGACCAGGAGUUCCUGCAGGUGGUGGGCAGGAACGAGCAGUUCACCAAAACGGUGGGAGCAGGGAGCAUAGUGGACGUGAUGCCCUGGCUCCAGUACUUCCCCAACCCCAUCAAAACUAUCUUUGAUGACUUCAAGUCGCUCAACCUGGAGUUCACCUCGUUCAUCCGGGACAAAGUUAUGGAGCAUAGGAAGAACUUCCAGUCCAGCGUGGUCAGGGACAUGACAGACGCCUUCAUAGUGGCGAUGGACAAGCUGAGAGACAAGUCGGGCCUCUCGUCGGGGAAGGACUACGUGACCCCCACGGUGGGGGACGUCUUUGGAGCGAGUCAGGACACCCUGUCCACCGCACUGCAGUGGAUCAUCCUCUUACUGGUCAAGUUCCCGGAGAUGCAGGUUCGUCUCCAGCAGGAGGUGGGCAAGGUGGUGGACCGCAGCCGGCUGCCUUCCAUCGAGGACCAGCCACAGCUGCCCUACGUCAUGGCCUUCAUCUACGAGGUGAUGCGCUACACCAGCUUCAUGCCGCUCACCAUCCCCCACUCCACCACGACAGACACCUCCAUCAUGGGCUACACCAUCCCCAAGAACACGGUGGUCUUCAUCAACCAGUGGUCCAUCAACCACGACCCGGCCCUGUGGGACCGCCCGGAGGCCUUCGACCCCCAGCGUUUCCUGAGCCAGGACGGAACGCUGAACAAGGACCUGGCCAGCAGCGUGCUCAUCUUCUCCCAGGGCAAGCGGCGGUGCAUCGGCGAGGAGCUGUCCAAGCUGAAGCUGUUCCUCUUCACCUCCCUGCUCGCCCACCAGUGCCACAUCACCGUGGACCCGGACAGGCCCGUCACGAUGGACUACAACUACGGCUUGACUCUGAAACCGAAAGCCUACAACAUAGCAGUGACUUUGCGUGAAGAUAUGAGGCUGCUGGAUGCGGCCACCAGGCAGACCGUCCCCGGGGAGGUCAAGGCCGAGCCCUCAUAA